GUCUUGAAGGAAAACUCCAACUUUUCCCGACUUUUAUGAACGCAAAUACUAAAAGAGUUUUGCAGAUAACUCUGCGCGAAUGAAGCAAAGUAUCUAGAUUCGAUAAGAUUGAAAAUGACUGGUUGCCUGCCUGAAGGCCUAGAAAGCGACAGAACGAAGCUAUCUCAUAUAGGAUCGAACUUGGAGACUGAGCGAAACUUUUCUGCAAAUGGAGGACAAGACUUGGAGGUGGAACAGUCUGACAAGCCACUAAUCACAAAGUUUAAGUCAGAAAAUAUGUCUGGUGCAGCUAAGGAACCUGAUAUGGAGCUGAAAAAGGCGUUCCUGGAGCUCCAGCAGAAGAUGCAGAACACCAACCAGUCAAUACGGCUGUCUGACAUGCAGAUUGCUACUCUGAAGCGGCAGAUCGAUCAUGCCACGCUCACCGAUCGUGAGAUUCAGGCUAUGCCUGACACCACGCGGGUCUAUGACGGCGUGGGGAGGAUGUUUGUCUUGAACAAUGUACCCACCGUGAGGAAAAACCUGGAGAAAAAGCAGGCGACCAACAAGGAAAAAAUCGCCAAACUAGAGGCCAACAAGCAGUACUUGGAAAAGAGUCUGAAGGAAUCAGAGAACAACCUCCGUGAACUGAUCAAAACCAAACAGCGGAUCGCGGUUAGUUAAGGCUCUCAUACAACCGGGGUGGCAGAGCGGGCGAGAGAGAGAGUGACGGAGCAGGGAGAGUGUCAAGAGGGGGAGAGGGAGAGAGUAACGGAGGAGGGACAGAGUGACGGAGUAGCGGAGAGAGUUACGGAGUAGCGGAGAGAGUUACGGAGGAGGAGAGAGUAACGGAGGAGGGACAGAGUGACGGAAUAGCUGGGCUUGGCACACGGGAAAGGGAAACUCUUCGCACUUUUCUCCUUGCCUGUGUAUAAUAAUGAUGGGAUGCAUUGGAUGAUCCUCGACUGGCACCUACCGUUCUGUCGGUAUGACGUCAUUGUCUGAGAUGACGUCAUCAACUGAUGAGGUGACGUCAAUGGUUGGUGCAGGAUGACGUCAUCGGUCUGUGAGUGUGUUUGGAAGUGUGUGAAUGCGUACUAAGCUGCGUGCUAUUCCGUGCUCGUUUGAUAGGAGAUGGUUCAUAAUGUUCGGACUUUGGUGUUGAGAAAAGAAAAUUCCACGCCUAGAGUGAUGUGGAAGGUUUUCAUUAUAAUUCG